AUGAGUAGUCGAAGAACAACCUUGUUUGUAGCUGGCUUUGGCUCUCAAAUACGUGCAAGAGAUUUGGCAUAUGAGUUUGAAAGUAGAAACAGGUCAAAAUCUAAAACACGUUCUCCUUCAAGAUCACGUUCUCGUACAAGAGAUCGUGCCCGGUCCUCUGUUGCGCGUAGAAGUCGUACCCGUUCUAGAUCACCAGCAAAAGAUAUAACAACAACAAAUGGUGAUGAAAAAAUUGAAGUUAAAAAUGAAAUGUCAACAUCAACGCCACCACCAAAGGAUGCUGAAAUGAGGAGUGCGUCACGUUCACCACCACCAGCACCUAUAAAGGAAGAAUUUUCAUCUCCAAACGGUCAGAUUGCUUCAUCUCCUCCAUCUCCAUCUCCUCCACAAAAAGAUUAA